CAUAGGGCGGUGCACUGACGGUUUACGUGGGCGCAGGAGAGUUGGAGUGAAGCAAAAGUCACAAAAGGCGGACAAAUUAUUAAAAAAAACGCGUGGGACCUCACCACACACGUCUCUCAAAUCUUUUGCCGCCCAUAUAUCGGUCCUCUGCCUCUCUCUCCUUCACAAAUCACACGCCCUCCCUCCUUUUGAUACGCCCCCGCCCGGUCCCCUUUUACAACCAUUUCCAACUGCUUUCACCUGCUGCCAGCGCCCUAGGGACGGCGGAAAACCGGUGCAUCUCUUCGACUGAUCACGAUGGUUGUCGAGACUUGUUAAUUUUCAACUCUUGGUUUAAUCUGAAACUCCUGUUGAUCUUCUGCUAACAAACCAUGGAGGCAGAUAGGACGGAGGAAGCACUGGAAAGGCGCCAUUCGAGGCCACUCUUAGCUCCGGAAGCGACCACGAGGCCUCUUAAGAAGGUUCUUCGUAGUCCUGAAUCGAGAAGGGGGAGGCAUCCCUCUGAUCCGCCUGCCUCCUCCUCAUCGUCUCCUGUUGAAUCUCAAAACAAGCAGAAUUUAGCGGCUGCAAAUCGUUUGUUCCCGUUUACUCUGCAAAAUGGAACAGAUACCAGCCAUAUGGCUGCUGCCACCAUGUGCCCAGGCCCUGCUUCUUUCCCUUGUCAACCAGUGGCACCCGCGCCUUUGCACCCUCCACCACAGCAACAGCAGCACCAGCAGCAGAUGCAGAUGAUAUCGUUUGCUCGUCAACCAGGGAUGCAGAAUCCGAACAACAACAACAACUGCCCUUCUUCUUCUUCUUCGUCUUGUUCGCCAGAAGCAGAGAUGAGGAUGAUCGCAGUGAGCAACAUUCACCGACAGCAGUAUAGUCAGUUACAGCAUCAAUACAAUCAGCAUCGUUACCAGGAGCAGCUGCUCCGUUACUGGAGCGACGCUCUAAACCUCAGCCCCCGUGGUGGCGGUGCAAGUAGUAACCAGCGGCAGCAGCAAUUGAUGAAUCCGCCGUUGAUUAGGCCGACCAAGCUGUACAGGGGAGUGAGGCAGCGUCACUGGGGCAAGUGGGUCGCGGAGAUCAGGCUCCCCCGCAACCGCACCCGCCUCUGGUUGGGCACCUUCGACACCGCCGAAGAGGCCGCUCUCGCUUACGACCGCGAGGCUUUCAAGCUCAGAGGGCAGAACGCGCGUCUCAAUUUUCCGGAUCUCUUCCUUGGGACAGAAAAUCCCUCUACAUCGUCGUCAUCUCUAUCGUCUUCUUCCUCCCACCACCUCAAGCACUCUCCGCCCUCUUCUGCCUCAUCCUCUGCGCAACAUCAGCAGCACAAUGAAGAAGUCCCUCCUCCCGUGAUACCUGUCAAAAAAGAAGAGGCGGCCCGCCCUUCUCCUGGUUCCAGAGGAACACAUCUUCCUAGCCAAGGGGUGGAGGAAGAAGAAGAAGAAGAAGCGGAAGGCAAUGACAGUCGAACAUUUGACGGAGAAGAGGUGGUGGAGGCUGAACUCUACCCGGCUUCACCCACCAUGGAGAUGGCAACAGCAAUGCAAGAGCUACCUCCUCCAUCAUCCCCUGCUUUUUAUUGGGGAAACUUGGAUGAAGUUGACGCUGCUUGGUUUAACAGCAUUCCAACGUGGGACAUGGCUUGCCCCGAUGCCUUCUAUCCACCUGUUUCUGCAACUCAAACUGAUCCCACUAACUUGGAUUCUUCAGAUAUUGCUGCCCCUCCCACCGGCUCUCCUGUUUCUCCGUCCCUUUCUCUUCCUCCUCUCUGUUUUCCUUCUCUGAUUUACAGAGACACAUGGAGGGAUUACAAAUGAGCUGGAGAUUUUGACUUUUUAUUUAUUUUUAUUUUUUUACUGAUUCCUCCUUUGCAUGGUUGGAACCAUAUAGAAGCAUAGAUUAUUGCUAGGUAAGGCUUAGUAGGCAUCUUCUUCGAGUUCAAUGUCUUUUUAGUCAUGUCAUUGGCUCACUAGUUGUUAGAACACAGUAAAGCUUUUUCUGUGCUGUUCUCAUCCCACCACGUACCACGCUGGCUCCAUGCGCACGGUAGGCAUUCUUUUUUCACAGCCUAUCUUGUUUGAGCUUGAAAAGUUCCUCCUUUUCCCCUAUCAGGUCCAGUAGAUGAGGACGAUAUGUUCCUUCUCAACACACUUUCUAUAGCUUGGCUGCAUAUUUUUUGAAGCCAAAAGGGAAGAUUAAACUUCGCUGUUCCCAUCCUUGUACUGUAUUUCGGACUCCAUGUACCAACUCUUAGCUGUUAGUUUUGGUCUUUACAUCAUCUUUUUCAAUCUACUAGGGAAUCGGAUUGCGAUUUGUUUGGGAUGUCCAAUUCACCUUUGAUGUGCUUUCUUUAGUUUCUGUGCCUUUAUUUCUGUUUCCAGCAACAGCAAAGAAGGGCGCUAGGAGAAAGCUUUCAGGAUAUCCUCCCCUUCUAGAUACGACAUAUACGAACCAACAUAGUAUGUAUCCACUAUAAACAGGACCAGGAUAGAUACCUCUUGUAGGAUGUGUAGCGGAAGACGUGAAAUCGACGAACAGCGAUGUAGCUCGACAGGGACAGUCAUCUCACGUUGGAGAAAGAUCUUGGUUCACGGUCCUCACCGCAGAACAUGCUCCAUCUAUCGUAUUUUUCGUUUCAAGCACAUAUAUGUAUAUAUACAUAUGUAUUUUCAACUGUGCGAUUGCUCUCACUUUGUGCCUCUUAGGUUCUCCAUCUUCAUUCAAUAGAGAUAUGAAGAGGCAUCAAUAAAUUAACGGUGUGA